GACUGCAGCGCUUCCUCUGUGCCCGAGAAAAACUGUCUCUCCUCCGACGGCCACUACCCUUUCAAAAUGCCCUUCUCGGAGCUGUAUUUUAAUGUCGACAACGGUUAUUUGGAAGGAUUAGUUAGAGGAUUCAAGGCCGGAAUUCUGUCACAGGGAGAUUAUUUGAAUCUCGUCCAGUGCGAAACGCUGGAAGAUCUGAAGCUCCACUUGCAGAGCACUGACUAUGGAAGCUUCCUGGCCAAUGAGGCCUCGCCACUCACAGUGUCCGUCAUUGACGACAAGCUGAAAGAAAAGAUGGUGGUUGAGUUUCGCCAUAUGAGGAACCAGUCCUAUGAGCCACUGGCUAGCUUCAUGGACUUCAUCACCUACAGCUACAUGAUCGACAAUGUCAUCCUGCUGAUCACGGGCACCCUGCACCAACGGGCUAUCUCUGAGCUUGUGCCCAAGUGCCACCCACUGGGCAGCUUUGAGCAGAUGGAGGCAGUCAAUAUCGCUCAGACACCAGCUGAACUCUACAAUGCCAUCCUGGUCGAUACCCCUCUCGCUGCUUUCUUUCAGGACUGUAUAUCUGAGCAAGACUUGGAUGAGAUGAACAUUGAAAUAAUUCGUAAUACACUUUACAAGGCUUAUCUGGAGGCUUUCUACAAGUUCUGCUCAAACCUGGGAGGAACAACAGCAGAUACUAUGUGUCCCAUUCUGGAGUUUGAGGCAGACAGGAGGGCCUUCAUCAUCACCAUCAACUCAUUUGGUACAGAGCUGUCCAAAGAGGACCGGGCCAAGCUAUUUCCCCACUGUGGCAAGCUCUACCCGGAGGGCCUGGCACAGCUUGCCCGUGCCGAUGACUACGAGCAAGUCAAAGCUGUGGCUGACUACUACCCUGAAUACAAGCUCCUGUUUGAAGGAGCUGGCAGUAACCCAGGAGACAAAACGCUGGAGGAUCGCUUCUUUGAGCAUGAGGUGAAGUUGAACAAGCUGGCUUUCCUCAACCAGUUCCACUUUAGUGUGUUCUACGCUUAUGUCAAACUGAAGGAGCAAGAGUGCAGGAAUAUUGUCUGGAUUGCUGAGUGCAUCGCACAGAGGCAUCGCGCCAAGAUUGACAACUACAUCCCUAUAUUCUAAGCAGUCUUUGUACAUUCACUCACACAUAUAAGGACAGUUACUGCACUAGUCAGCAUCUGUCUUUCUCCCUCCUCUCUCUCUUGUUCACCCUCCUUUAAACUGUCUCUCUCUGUCUGCCUUUUUAUAGACACAUGCUCCUUUUCUGUGUUAAAUUCAGUCUUAUUUGGCUCAUGAAUGCCAUCUCGCAAAUCUAGUGUUCUUUUUGCCUCUCAGUCCACACUAUGGUGACAGAGGUGCAAGAAAAACAUCCAUCUGACUAGCCAUCAGGAAUUGGAGCCAAAAAGUUGAUAUUCUUCCUGUCUGGAGGGAGUGCUUUGCCCAACAUGGUGUUUAAAUCUUGGCCCAUAGUAAAAAAAAAAAAAUCAUUCCUCUGUUCAGUGUUAUCUUCCCCGAAGUUGUAAAGCGUUCCAAUCAUUAAUUUAUUUUGUUUUUGAUGUUGAAUCUCUAGUCAACACUUGUUCUGAUAUCUUGUUAGAUAUGAUGCUUGGACUAGUGGGUUGGAAUGAGUGUUGGACCAGUAUGUAAAUGUAGUUUUCCUUGAAAGUCAAGAUUUCCAAUGUGAACUGGUUAAAAUGUCUCUUUUGCAUUCUUUGUUAUGAUAUAUUGCAAUUGCAGCACCAGAAAACUGGAGUUUACGGUCUAAAAAGAGGAAUUUCCAUACAAUCCCAAUAUUAUGUGUGCUUUGAAAUAAUGAUUUGUGUGAAUUGUCUCUCUAAAUGAAUGGACUUAUUUCUAGCAAGUUUAAGUCCUUGUAUGAAGCAGAAUAUAUGUGACAAUACAAAGAUAUGUAAUGUUUAAACUAUAAGAUAUAUGAAUAUUUAAAGAAUACAAUGAUUUUUUUCUCAUGCUGUAAAAAAUCUUAACCGUCUUAAGAGUUAAGUGUCUUAUUUGUGAAAUGUGUAUUGUAAAUGUGAUGAACAGGCUUCCGAACGAUUAUGCCUCUUUUCAGCAGACCUCUAUAGGGUACUCAUUGAUAUUAAAGAUCUGCUCAGUACAACCAUAAUCUCCUACUGCUGUCUACUGAACAACUUCACUGGGGCAUUUGGGGUUUAAAAUAACUUUUCAUGGUUGUCAUAUUGUAAACACUUGUGAUUAAAAUGUAAUUCUGUUACAUGAA